AAUCGUUUGUUGACACAAUCAUACCUUGAGAAAAUAUUAUUAAGAUGUGGUAAUUAUUUAAAUGAAUUAUCUCUCUCAGAUAUUUGUAAUUCAAGUAUCAUGCCAUUUGUUGGUGAUCACUGUAAAAAUUUAACAACCUUGGAAUGUAAAUUUAAUGAUGAUUCUCUAAUUGAUAAUGCUGACCACUUUGUUCAAGCAUUUACACAAUUGGAUAAAUUAAAAUGCAUUAAAAUAACAGUGGGUCACAACUGCUCGAAAUGGAAAUUUGAUCUCUCUGCAAUAAUCGAUAGUCUUCCAGAAGAAAUUAAUGAAAUUCAUUUAUUUUCUGAACCUAUAAGGGAUGUUCAAGUACGAAAUAUUUCCAUGUCUAUUCGAAGAUUCGGAAAUCUUCAAAAAUUAACAUUAGUUGGUAUCUUCUUGAACAACAUAAAUUUCCAAGAAAUAGCAGACUUAACAACACUUGUUCAUCUUAACAUUGGACUACAUAGUAAAAUACACAAAAACCAUUCUCUAUUUAAUAAACUUGUUAAUUUGGAGCAUAUCGACGUGACGAUGGGUUAUAUGUAUUAUGGGAACAACUUCUCAACAGAAGAACUUGAGACUAUUUUUUGUACAUGCAAAAAUCUUAAACAUCUUGAUAUUCCACAAUGUUAUUAUAGUGUGGCUGAAAUUCCUCCUGAGAGAUGGAUGAACUUUCAAAAUUUACAACAUCUUGGAAUUUCUUGUCUUUCAAUGCCUGAUUUAGCAAAUACAAUUGUUAAAUAUUGCAAGAAUUUAAAACAUUUGAGUAUACCUAAAUACUAUGGGAAUGACACGUAUUCUUUUAAAAAGUUAACAGAGUUGGAAAAUCUUGAAUGUUUAAUAUUGGGUAGUCCAAAUUAUCUCUAUGAGGAUUCAAUAAUCGCAAUUACAAACAGUUGUAAAAAACUUAAACGUUUAGAAAUUCCUAAUUGCACUAUACAACCAGCAAUUGACGAUGUCCCACUGUCUUCUCCAUCUGUUCUUGAUGAGUUAUCAAAAUUGCAAUAUCUUGAACAUUUAAAUUUACGUCGUGUAGAACAACUUGAAGAUAGUAUUUAG